AUGAAAACGACUGGAACUGCCAACUUCAAUUCAGUAGUUGUCAUGAUUUCCGCGCUUGCAUGGGUUCCGCGCGGCGCGUCCAAGCGCGUGCCGGACAAGUUUGUCCUGUCCAAGGAAGAGGUGGAUAUGAUGACGCAACUGGCGCAAGAAGACGAAGAAGAAGAGGAAGAAGCUGCUGCAGCGGAGGAAGGUGAGGACGAUGAUGACGACAUCGAAGGCGAGGACCCCGAAGAGGAUGCCGACAUGGAAGGCGACAACGACGAGGACAACGAAGCGUUGAAGGAGUUCAACAUGGAUCAAUACGACGAGGAAGACGAUGAAGCUGCCGUGAAGGACUACCUGCAAGGCAACGGCGCGGAGAUUCCAAUCGAAGACGACGACCAAGUCCCCGACGACAUUGAGGACGACGACGAGGACAAGGCCGACAUGGAGAUCCGAUCCACCGACUCGGUGGUCCUUGUGUGCAACACCGAGGAGGACUUUAGCAACUUGGAAGUGCACGUGUACGAAGAAGACACGGGCAACUUGUACGUCCACCACGAGAUCAACCUGCCGGCGUUCCCAUUGGCGCUGGCGUGGAUGGAUAUUGCGCCGCUGCCUCCCGUGAAUGGUGUGCCUGUGAACGGUAGCUUUGUUGCGGUGGGGACAUUCAAGGCGGGUAUUGAAAUCUGGAACUUGGACGUGCUGGACGUGUUGGAGCCCACGGCAACGCUGGGGGGCGAAGCCAACGCUUCCUUCCGGGAUGUGGCCAUUUCCAAGGCCAUGCGCAAGAAACACAAAGCCGCGUUGAAACCAGGCUCCCAUCAAGACGCGGUGCUCGGCCUCGACUGGAAUGCCGGCCACCGCAACAUGCUCGCAAGUGCAUCCGCCGACGCAUCCGUCAAGAUCUGGGACGUCACGACCCAGCAGUGCAUGCACACGAUGACCCAUCACACGGACAAGGUCCAAAGCGUCAAGUGGAACCCCGUCGAGUCGACAAUCCUCGCCAGUGCAUCGUUCGACCGGAGCCUCGUCGUUCUGGACGGCCGCGCGCCGCAAGCGUUCUCCAAGUUCGCCUUGUCCGCUGACGUCGAGUCGAUGGUGUGGCAUCCGCACAGCCCCAGCACCCUCGUGGCAUCGACCGAGGACGGGAUCGUAGUCGCCUACGACGUCCGCAAGGGCAGCUCGGCGGCGCCACUCUACCGAUUCCAAGCCCACGACACGGCCGUGUCGGCCAUCUCGUUCUCACACGCGUUGCCGGGUCUCUUUGCCACCGCCGGCACGGACAAGCACGUCAAGAUCUGGGACCUGGAAGGAUCGACGCCGCAGUGUAUCGCUUCCAAGGACAUGCAAGUGGGCGAACUCCUUACCCUGCAGUUCUACCGCGACUCGCCCUUCUUGCUCGGGGCUGGCGGCACGGGCGGCGUCCUCGCGCUGUGGGACACAUCGGAAAACGAUGUUGUCGAGCGCAAGUUUUCCACACGCGCCGCCAACAUUGGCAACCACCCCGUGCCCCAAGCGACGGGGGGGCUCACGCUCGGCGCGUCGUUCAAAUCGGCCAACGACGUGGCCGACGAGUUGCUGCGGGAAGAGGACCAAGCACAGGCGGCCGCCGCCAAAGCCGCCACCGGCAAGAAAAAGAGCAAGAAAACCAAGAAAUAAACACAUAUACAGCAUCAAUGACCUAUUUCUAUAUAAAACGAGGCAACUGGCGCCAUAGCUCCAUACUAACAUUAUGUACUA